AUGUCAAUGUUUAGAUUAUCUAGAUCCGCCCUUUUGGGUUCACAAAUGAUCAAGUCAACUAGAUCAUAUUCUACUGCCACUACUGAAGCUGAAUUCUUGGCUCAAGUUACUGCCUCAAAGAACAGCAACGUUAUUAAGCAAACCAAGGAAUUCCUUGCCAGACCAGAUAUUGCUCCAUGGGCUGCUCGUUUCAACGUUCAAUUCAAGGAAAAGUCCCAAGAAGAACAAAUUAAGGAACUCAAGGUUAUUGACGCAAAGAUUGAUAAGGCUGGUGUUGAUGCUUUCAAUACCGUUGUUUCAAAGCUCAACGUUCAAGAUAUCAUUGAUGGAAAGAUCUAA